AGCCACACGAACAAAACCCGCCAAAUUUCACAUCGCAUAAGGGAAACUCCAAAAGACAAUAUUCACAUUUCGCAACUGAUAAAAUCUACCCACAACCACUUCUCUUUUAAAGCCUUUCAUGGCGUCUAUGCUCUCCUCUCACUCUAAUCUCUCUUUAUCUUCUUCUCCUCCUCUAAUUCCUCACUCUCGCAACCUCAGCUUCCUCUCUAAACCCUCUGCUCUCUGUUUCAGAACCCGAAACCGAAGGCUGCGAUCUCUAUCUGUCUUCGCUUCUUCCGCCUCUCUUGAAGCUCUAAUCUUCGAUUGCGAUGGAGUCAUUUUGGAAUCAGAGCACCUCCACCGCCAAGCUUACAAUGAUGCUUUUGCUCAUUUUAAUGUCCGUUGCUCUUCUCAGCCUCUCAAUUGGGAUCUCGAGUUCUACGAUCAGCUCCAGAAUCUCAUUGGUGGCGGCAAACCCAAAAUGAGAUGGUACUUUAAGGAGCAUGGUUGGCCUUCUUCCACUAUCUUCGAGACGCCUCCGGAGGAUGAUGAGAGCCGCUCCAAGUUAAUCGAUACUCUUCAGGACUGGAAAACUGAAAGGUACAAAGAAAUAAUCAAAUCUGGAACUGUGCAACCUCGACCUGGAGUCUUGCGAUUGAUGGAUGAGGCCAAGGCUGCUGGAAAAAAGUUAGCUGUUUGCUCUGCUGCAACUAAAAGUUCAGUCAUACUCUGCCUUGAGAACCUUAUAGGAAUUGAGCGUUUUCAAGGUCUUGACUGCUUCCUUGCAGGUGAUGAUGUGAAGGAAAAGAAGCCUGAUCCAUCUAUUUAUCUGACUGCCCUUAAGAGGCUAGGUGUGUCCGAGAAAGAUUGUUUAGUGGUGGAGGAUAGUGUCAUUGGUCUACAGGCAGCAACAAGAGCUGGGAUGUCAUGUGUGAUUACAUAUACACCUUCAACGGCUGACCAGGAUUUUAAAGAUGCCAUUGCAAUUUACCCUGACCUAAGUAAUGUGAGAUUAAAUGACUUAGAGUUACUGCUUCAAAAUGUUGUCGCUGCCAGCUAGGAAAUUCACCACAUUGCUUGGAAUUGAUUUCUUAAUUUUUGCAGCUUUAUGAAAUUUUAUCUGUUUGCCCAAAAACCAUCAUUUGAAGGUAUUAAAAUUAAAAUUUUAUUUCAAAGAAUCUUUGUUUAUCCCUGACAGAAAUUAAAUUAUAAACAAGAAAGCAUUUCUGAAUCC